AUGCCUACCUCUACCACUGCAGUUCGUACUUUUACGAUGCCAAAAUCCUUGAAUGAGUCGUUGGCGCAGCCAGGUCAACCGCAGAAAGCUUCGGAAAAUGGCCGUUCUCAUGAGAAAGUCAAGAAAGUCAGUGAAAGUUUUACAAAGGAACAAAAAGAUCCUUUGGCUAGUAAUCAGCCAAAUUAUAAGCAAGGAAUCACUUUUGCCGCUCAGGAUAAGCUACCUAAGCUCCCGAUCCCAGAAUUGGAACAGAGUAUGACUAGAUAUCUUGCUGCUCUCAAACCGUUACAGUCACCAAGAGAGCAUGCCGAAUCUACUCAAGCUGUUGAGGAAUUUUUGAAGAGCGAAGGACCGGAGUUACAAGAAAGAUUAAAGAAAUAUGCUACUGGAAAGACUAGUUACAUUGAACAAUUUUGGUACGAUUCAUACCUCAACUUUGACAAUCCUGUCGUUCUCAAUUUGAAUCCGUUCUUUCUUUUGGAAGAUGACCCAACACCAGCGAGGAACAAUCAGGUCACCCGAGCUGCCUCGCUUGUCGUAUCAGCAUUAUCAUUUGUUCGUGCAGUAAGAAGAGAGGAGCUUCCACCCGACACUAUUAGAGGAACGCCUUUGUGCAUGUAUCAAUACUCUAGACUAUUCGGUACAGCUCGCGUACCAACUGAAAACGGUUGUCAUAUCGGGCAGGACCCAGAAGCCAAGCAUAUUGUUGUUCUUUGUCAUGGUCAAUUUUAUUGGUUCGAUGUUCUCGACGACAAUUCGGAUUUGAUCAUGACAGAGAAGGAUGUGUCCAUCAAUCUCCAGACUAUCGUUGAUGACGCUCAGAAAACUCCUAUUCAAGAUGCUGCGAAGGGUGCUCUAGGUGUUCUCAGUACAGAGAAUCGAAAGAUCUGGUCAGGUCUAAGAGAUGUAAUGACGAGAGACGAGGGCUCAAAUAAUGCAGAUUGUCUUGGAAUAGUAGACUCUGCACUAUUCAUCUUGUGUCUAGACUACACGGAACCAGCAUCUGGGGCAGAUCUAUGUCAAAAUAUGCUUUGUGGGACAAGUCAGAUUGAGAAGGGUGUUCAAGUCGGUACUUGUACAAAUCGAUGGUACGAUAAGCUGCAAAUUAUCGUUUGUAAAAACGGAAGUGCUGGAAUCAAUUUUGAGCACACUGGUGUGGAUGGACAUACUGUGCUACGCUUUGCCAGUGAUCUUUACACCGACACAAUCUUACGAUUUGCUCGUACCAUCAACGGCCAAGCACCGAGUCUUUGGGCAUCAACAAGUCCUGACCCGUCAAAACGUGAUCCAGCCAGCUUUGGAGACGUCAACACAACACCUCAUAAACUUGAAUGGGAUAUGGUUCCUGAGCUUGGAAUAGCACUCCGCUUUGCCGAAACUCGUCUCGCUGAUCUCAUCCAACAGAAUGAAUUUCAAACUCUAGACUUCAAUCACUAUGGCAAGAACUUUAUGACUUCAAUGGGCUUCUCACCAGACGCAUUCGUUCAGAUGGCAUUCCAAGCUGCGUACUAUGGUCUUUAUGGUCGUGUAGAAUGUACCUACGAACCCGCCAUGACCAAGAUGUUCCUCCACGGUCGCACUGAAGCAAUCCGCUCAGUGACACCCGCAUCCGUCGACUUCGUCCAAACCUUCUGGGGAGAAGUCCCACCUCAACAAAAAGUCGACGCCCUCAAGAAAGCAUGUCAAGAACACACAGCCAACACCCGGGAAUGCGCCAAAGCCCAAGGCUGCGACCGCCACAUGUAUGCACUCUUCUCCGUCUGGCAACGCGGCGUCGAUGACGACGGCGCUGAAGCAGCCUCCUCCAACGGCCUCAGCUCCAACGGCUACUCCUCCCCCAUCGAAGGUUCCGUCGUCGGCUCACCCCCGCGCUCCACAGACCUCACCGAAGCCCUCUCCACACAUUCCCGCAACAACUCCUCCUCCUCUCCCCGCCGCCACCGCGCCCCCCCUCACAUCUUCCAAGACGCAGGCUGGGACAAGUUAAACAAUACCAUCCUCUCGACCUCCAACUGCGGCAACCCAUCGCUCCGCCACUUCGGCUUCGGUCCUACCUCCGGCGACGGUUUUGGCAUCGGCUACAUCAUCAAAGACGAGGGCAUCUCCAUCUGCGCAUCCAGCAAACACAGACAAACCAAACGCUUCGUCGACGCACUAGAAUCCUACCUCCUCGAAAUCCGGCGCAUCCUGCGCUCCACCCAACGCCGCGGCACCUCCCCCAAAGCGUCCCGCGCCCGCGAAGCGUCCGCAAGACCAAAAGCCGGCUCGAGACUCAAGUCCCGCGGUCGCGUCAUCAAAGCCACCGGCAUGGAAAAGGAAAUCGUGCAGGAUAGCACGAGUAAUACGGCGAGUGACGAUGAGGGACUCGGUGGUUGUAAGUAUUCCCUGCGUGCUACUCCUGUUUUUAUGUGUAGAUUUGAAGUGGUGAUUGGGACUGAUGAAUUGGUUUUUGCGGCAGAUGGGUUUUUUUGA